AUGGUACCUCUUCUCAUUGACUCACACUCGGAUAUGUUUCAGACUUUACUUUACGGGCUUAUACAAAUGCGGAUUGGGCGGGUUGCCCUUACACUCGGCGUUCUACCUCAGAAAAAUUACAAGGACAACCUUCAUAUAUCACUUACAACUAUAAAACUGGGUACACAAAACUUUAGUGAUUGCAAUUGCAUUGGAGAAGGAAGAUUUUGGAAGCUUUAUGAAGGAGAAGUAGAUCAUGCUUAUGAAUGUACCCGCGUUGUUGUAAAGCGGUGGGAUGAAAAGUAUCAUCAAGGACGUAUACAGUUUUUGACGGAGUUUGAAACUCUUCUCAAAUAUAAUCAUGAGAAUAUCAUUGGUCUUGUAGGCUACUGUAACAAAAUGAAUGAAAAAAUCAUCGUUUAUGAGCAUGCCUAUAACGGAAGUCUUGCUAAACAUUUGGACAAUCCUAGUCUUACGUGGAUGAAACGCCUCAAGAUAUGCAUUGAUGUUGCAACUGGAUUAAAAUUUCUUCAUGAAGGUGGUGUAGAGCAACAGGAUUCGAUGAUGCAUAGGGACAUUAGAAGUGGUAGCAUUCUACUUGAUGGUGAUUGGAAUGCUAAAAUUUCUAAUUUGGAAUUCUUUUGCAGAGCAUCAAUUGUUGAAAGAGCUGAACAUGUUUAUGAUAAUGCCGGCACCUCGCUAGGAUACAUUGGCCCAUACUACGAACAACAUGAGGGUUUCUUAUUACAAGAAUCGGAUAUAUAUUCAUUAGGUGUGAUUUUAUUUGAGAUGUUGUGCGGGAGAUUGGCAUGGGAAGAGGGAUGUACGGAUCACUCUCAAUCAUUAGGUCCUUUUGUUGUAAGAUACUACAAUGAAGUAGGCAACCUUGAAAAGAUGAUAUUUGAGGGUAUAAAGGAACAAAUUACCCCAAAAUCAUUGACUACAUUUCAAAUGAUCGCAAUUCAAUGCGUACAUGUUGACUGGUUUGAGCGGCCAGAUAUAGACCAAAUAAUAAUACAGCUUCAAAAGGCAUUGGAAUUUCAGCGCGGUUUGAAUGCUAUAAAAGUUUAA